UUGUCGAAGACAAUAAUUUCAGUCAGAAUCAGAAUAAUUCGAUCAACCAAACAUUGAGCAAUAACAGUUCGAGGAAAUAUAAUUAUUAUUAUAGACCAUACAAAUUAAUUCAUUCAGUCAUUGAAACUAAAUCAUUUGAAAGAGUGCAAAACGGUGUGAAUUGUAUCUAGAAACGAUGGUGUACAUUAAAGGAGAUGGGACCGUGGUGGAGCGCACCCCUUUCAGCUUGUUUGGGUGGUUCUGGGGCAUUGUGAACUUUAUCUACUUACUGUUCCAGACAUUGAUCAACCCUAACUACAGCAAGCAUGGAGACAAGUAUGUGAGAGACUUCAGGCCGCCAGGCAGCGGGCCACCAAAACCACCAUCGAGGAAGUUCGGCGGCUUCGGACCCUCGGGCUCAGGUCCCUCGCCUCCUCCAAUGGGAGGAUGCGGCUGUGGGUAACCCCAACAACACUGUACGCGACUGUAACCAAGUAACUUUAUAUAACUUUACAAGUAAUGACUUUUAGGUUUAACAAUUUAAGCAUUUUCCCGUCAGGCAGAAACUGGGCCACAUACAUUUAUGUAACAAAAUCUAUAAGCAUACAUGAAACAAACAUGGUGCUGCAACAUGAGUUACAAACACUGUAAAAAUAUGUAAUGCAUCAGUAAAUCAUUGUUGUAAGAAUACAGGUACCUAAAUCUGUAUGUUCCCAAUCCCAAAUAGGUCCCUGGAUGCUCUAUGUGCAAUACUGCAGUUAGUAAACAAGAUGUGUGACGUCACGUUAAGAUGUCUAGAGCUGAGUGUAACACACACACACACAAUUAUUUGUUUCAUCCAUUACACUUACUGCCUCACCAACACAACUUUAUAUCUUAUUUCGUUAAAUAUUCCACAUUUAUUUUCCCAUAGAUUAUGUUAAUUUAGUUUUACUAAAAAUACUUAAGGAUUCCUAAAUAUAAUUGUUUAGUUGAUAAAUAAUGCAAUUUUUAUUAUAUAAUUACAUAUUACACUUAUGUUAAAAAUUGUAAUGAUCUUGUUUAAUUUAGCUAAUUUUAAAAUGGGAAAUUAUUGUCAUGAAUUACAUUUUCAAAUUAUCUUCUUAUUAUUAACUUUAUGAACACGCGAUGUCGUUUCAAUCUAUUAGAAUGUUAAUCAAUUAAUUCUCCUUAAUGUCGUAAUAUUAUUUAUUUUUCUUCAAUGAAACACAGUUUGCAUCAGAUAACUUGUUUAUUAACACCACACAACUAUUGUAUAGACGUUAAAGUAAAUAAAUAAUAUUAACUAUAAAUAAA